AUGGCUGCCAACAGCUACUACUAUGGCGGCAAUCAGCAACCGCCAAACCAGCCAACAGCCCCUUACUAUGACAGCACCCACGCGCCAGCAGACUCAGAUCUUCCGCAGGCCUACAACCAUGGCUACUCGGAUGCUCAUUAUGGGAGCCCAUAUGGCGCUCCUGUGAACCACCAGCCCACAACAGGUGCGUCGCCGUUUGAUACUGUCUUCGACGAUCACGCAUACCCAACGAAUUCGAACUCAGGGACGGGCGGCGCGAGUAGCAGCGACAUCUCCCAGCAAGGCUUCUAUCACCAAGACACGGGCUACUAUGGGUCGAGGACGGAAAAUAUCCCGCUGCAGGACCACACGAGCAAGUCUCCCGAGGCUACUGAUCACAUUUACGACGCGCCGGCUGCACAGCCGAACCAGAGGCGCGACAAGAGAGGCAAGGUUCGGAUAGGCGAGCUGGGCAUGCUUGGUGCCAACAAGAAGCGCAUCCCAUGGCUGGUCUAUAUUUUCUCGGUUGCGCAGGUCGCCGUCUUCAUCGCCGAGAUUGUGCGGAAUGGUCUGUUAACGGGCUCUCCCAUCAUGAUCAAGCCCCAGUUCAACCCAAUGAUUGGGCCAUCGACCCAGGUCCUCAUCAACAUGGGCGCCCGCUACGUGCCUUGUAUGCACAAUAUCAAGGAAAUUCAAGGCUCCACGAUCCCCGUGCUGUUCCUCUGCCCAAAUGCCACCAAGAAUACGCAAUUCUGCCCUCUUUCGGAACUGUGUGGCUUCGGCGGUGACGUCCCGAAUCCUCUUUUUGAUGGCAACGAGCACCAGUCCCCGGCUCCAAACCAAUGGUUUCGCUUCAUCAUUCCGAUUUUCAUGCACGCCGGGCUUAUCCACAUCGGCUUCAACUUGCUCAUGCAGCUCACCAUUGGCAAAGAGAUGGAAAUGGCGAUUGGGUCCAUUCGAUUUUUCCUCGUCUAUAUGAGCGCCGGCAUCUUUGGCUUUGUCAUGGGAGGAAACUAUGCCGCCCCUGGUAUUGCUUCUACUGGAGCGUCGGGCUCCCUCUUCGGCAUUAUUGCUCUUACUCUACUCGACCUGCUAUAUUCGUGGAAAGACCGACGAAGCCCCGUUAAGGAUCUGCUGUUUAUUAUAAUCGACAUGGUUAUUUCUUUUGUUCUCGGGCUGCUGCCUGGUCUCGACAACUUUUCUCACAUUGGAGGGUUCUUGAUGGGCCUUGUAUUGGGUAUUUGUGUCCUGCAUUCUCCUAACUCCCUACGAAGGAGAAUUGGCCCGGAUCCAUUUUACUCAGCGGUACCCGGUGCGCCAGAGCCUGGGACGGUUCCCUUUUACAAAAGCCCAGUUGGCUUUUUCAAGGGGCGGAAACCCUUAUGGUGGGCCUGGUGGCUUGUUCGAGCAGCCGCUCUUGUGGUCAUCAUUGUCGUUUUUGUCGUUCUGCUCAACAAUUUUUACAAGGUUGGCAAUACCUGCAGCUGGUGCAAGUAUCUUAGCUGUCUUCCUGUUAAUGGUUGGUGCGAUCUUGGAACCAUCAAGGUGCAGUAA